AUGACAAUUGAUGAUAGAGAUCCAAUUGUAUCAUGUGAGGAGUUGAUUACCGUUGUCAAUUGCGCUGAAAACAUACCAAAAAAUAUACAUCUUAUCUCAUAUACAGGUAUUGCAGAUUUAAGGGAAAUUUUUAAGGAUCAAACUACAACUAUAAAGACAAUCUUAUCGUUGCCUCAACUUGCCCAUGCAAAACAACUUGUUAAUAAUCUCAUAUUCGACAACGAAAGACUAGCACACAUAUGCCUGGACAAUGCAACCCAGAUUGAUUCUAUAAAGGAGACAAUCACUCAGAUUGAACUGAAUAACGAUAAAUUGUUAGAUCAAAUUGCACAACUACAAAACGAAUUAUCCUAUGACCGUAUCGAUAAAUAUUACAAUAAGUAUGUUAGUGAUACUCAGCAAGAGCUGGAGUGUAUGAAAAAUGAUGUAUUGGACAAAAAAAUAGGGUUUGAGAAAUAUUUAAAGGACUAUGAGAUGCUAAAAUCUCAGUUGAUAAGCCAACAGAUUCUCAAACAAAUAUAUAAUAAAUAA